ACAUUUGCCUCUGACCCGGCCUGGGCUGAAGCUCCUCAGGUUUCAGUGGAUUUACCCAGGAAUGGACGGCCCUCCCAGCCCCAGACUGAGGAACCCCAGCCUCGAGGACUCCGGAGGACUCACGGCUUCAACGAGAAGACUCUUUUUAUUAUUCUCUUGGCAUUCUUUAUUCAGAGGAACUUUUGGGAUGUAGCCUUUACCUGUUUCCCAAAUCUGGCCUCUUGGAAAGCACCAUUCUAUAUUUAUCCAAUUCUGAAUCAUCCCUUUCAGUAGAUGCAGUUGCUCCUGCUUGCAUUGUGAUGUUGGAUUUUGUGCAGCAUUACUUGGGCUAACUUUGGAUAUUUUACUUUUUGUUUAAAAUUUGAAAGUAGUAUUCAUUGAGAAGAGACUCUACUAAAAUACUCAAGGACUUCCAAAGCUGGAUUAGAGGAUAUAGUCUGUUUUAUUUUUUAAUUAGAAAAAUAAGGAAUUGUCGUGUGGUUUCCCUUCCCCCUUUCACUUAGAGGAACAAGGAUUAUACAGAAAUUUGAAAUUUCAACAAGAAAAACUUAAGCUUCUUUGGAUUCCCACAUCAAAGAAAAGUUCCAAGCUUUCAGAAAGAGUUCUUGCUUGAGAAUAAAGAACAACUUGCCAACCACAAAAGAGGACUCGAUGCUAAGCUUGUACCUGCACUUCCAAAAGUUGCAGAAUUAAGAAAAAUCUUUGAACCAAAGGAAAAAGAACGCUUAGAAAUGAAAAGAAAAGAAAGGAUUGCCAGGCGCUUGGAAGGAAUUGAGAAUGACACCCAGCCGGUCCUCCUGCAGAGCUGCACGGGGCUGGUGACACACCGCCUGCUGGAGGAGGACAUGCCCAGAUACACACGCGCCUCCGACCCCGCCAGCCCCCGCUCCGGGCGAUCGAACGAAGAGGAAGAAAGUUCCGGCUCUUCUUUAGAAAAGCAGACUCGAUCUAAGUACUGCAGGGGAAGCUCAGCCAUCCAUGGUGACCCUUCCUGUCACCCAGGCAUCAUGGACCCCCAUGGUCAGGAGUCCAAAGCCGAGAGGAUUGCAAGGUACAAAGCGGAGAGGAGACGACAGCUGGCCGAGAAGUACGGGCUCACUGUGGACCCCGAGGAGGACGCUGAGUGCCUGUCCCGCUACCCCAAGUCCAGGAAGGGCCCCGAUGCUGCCGAGAAACGGGCAGGAGAAGCCGACCAGCAAGAAGAGUCCAGCAAAGACUCGAGCUCUGCCUACUCCAGGCCUGAGAUCGUGGGGCCUAGGGCCUGUGUGGUCGGACCCGAGCACUGCGCCCCGCUCCACGCCCGGGACCCUUCUGACGAGGAGGCAGCUCUCGACCUGGAAAACCAAAGACGAGAGAGGCGGCUGAGCGCCACCCGGCCAGCCCACGACCCGACCCCGACGGCUGAGAGCCCCCCGUCCUCGUUCUCUAGGCGCGGCUGCCCCUUCACUGAAGUGCCAAGGUCCCCGAAGCAAACCCACAGCCCCUCACUUCGGCAGUCGCCCUCCCCAAGCCACGCCGCGGGGGGCCCGGAGCCGCGGUCCAGUGCAGGGAGGGUCCAGCCGGAGUGGUUUCUGCAGAAAGACUCUGAAGGAGACACGCCUUCACUUAUCAACUGGCCCUCCAGAGUUAAAGUUAGAGAGAAAUUGGUGAAAGAGGACAGUGCUCGCAGCAUCCCUGAACUGGCCUCCGACUCCCUCCCUCAGAGGAGACACCAGGCAGUCCAUUACCUGUCCUUUCAGUCAGAGAACUCGGCCUUCGAGAGGGUUCCAUGCAGGGCCGGUGGCUCCAUGCAACAGGCCAGCCUCGGCUACGUCCAGCCCACAGAUCCUGUUCCCACUGUCAAGCUGCUGACGGCGCCGGAGACCCCAGGAAGUGUGUCCGAGUGCAGCUGGGGGGGCUCGGCCUCCCUGAAUGUCAUAAAGCCUCCCGCCCUGAAGGUUCCAGAAGGUGAGAGAAGGGAUGCCUCAGUCCUCCCUAUCUGUGCAGCAAAGGUGGAAGAAGAUGUCCUCUUUCCUGAUGCUCUCGGGAAAAGCCCACCAGCCCUGGUGACCUCGGAGGAUGAGGGGCUCGAGAGAAGCCAGGAAGACCACUCUGGGAAUGAAGACCUAGGUAAAGCCACUGCCACCUUAGACGCUCAGAAGGAGCCGCCUGCUCAGCACCAGUCCCCCGAGAGGAUGGGCCGCAGCGAAGUGGUUUUGUACAUUCAGAGUGAGCCUGUGUCCCCAGAGGCCACAGGCAGGGACCCCAAAAAGGAAGCCGCUCCGAAGAAGCACAAGGUCCGCACCCGCUCGCUGUCCGACUACACCGGCCCCCCUCAGCUCCAAGCCUUGAGGGGUACGGACUCGGCUGAGCUGGAGCUGCAGAUGUCCAAGGCCGAAGAGCCCUGCUCGGAGCCCAGCAUGCUGGACACCAGGGUCUCCGUCGCCCAACUCAGAAAUGUGUUUCUGGAGUCUGCUAGAGCCAGCAAGAAACCCGAACUCCAAACACGGGCUGAGCAGUCACCCAGAGGAACUGGCUUGCCCACCGGUGUGGAGCAGGAGAGAGGGGCCCGGAAACCGAGACGCUAUUUCUCUCCUGGUGAAAGUAGGAAAACUUCUGAGAGAUUUAGAACUCAACCUAUAACCUCAGCAGAACGCAAGGAAUCAGAUAGAUACACUUCAAGUUCAGAAAUGCCAACCAUUGAGGAUGAAGAAAAGGUAGAUGAACGAGCCAAGCUGAGUGUUGCUGCCAAGAGGCUGUUAUUCAGGGAGAUGGAGAAGUCGUUCGAUGAGCAGAAUGCCCCAAAGAGACGCUCGAGAAACGCAGCCGUGGAGCAGAGGCUGCGGCGCCUGCAGGACCGCUCCCACACGCAGCCCGUCACGGAGCAGGAGGUGGUCAUCGCAGCCACUGAACCUAUCCCUGCUUCGUGUUCUGGGGCCGCCCACCCUGGAAUGGUGAGACUUCCUAGGCCCACUGUAGCUAGGAGCUGUGUGCAGCCUGCCAGAUUGCAGGCAUCUGCUCACCAAAAAGCUCUAGCCAGGGACCAGGCAAAUGAGGGCAAAGAUUCCGCUGAACCAGGAGAACCUGACUCCUCUACUCUGAGCUUAGCAGAGAAGUUGGCCUUGUUUAACAAGUUGUCUCAGCCUGUCUCCAAAGCUAUUUCCACCCGAAACCGAAUCGACAUGAGACAGAGGAGAACAAAUGCCCGCUACCAGACCCAGCCGGUCACGCUUGGCGAGGUGCAGCAGGUGCAGAGCGGGAAGCUCAUCCCCUUCUCGCCCACCGUGAUCUCCUCCGUGUCCUCCGCCGCGGCCCCCACGGUCGCCCCCAUGUACGCAGGGGAGCUCCGGACAAAGCCGCCCGCCGAUGACCGUGCAAAUGCCACCGACUCUAAGCUUCCCCCUGCGGUGGAAAAUGCAGGCUCUCCAGUCGGUGGUAUUCUGAAGUCACAGGCCUGGCAGCCUUUGGCGGAGGGCAGUGGGAGCCGAGGGGUGUCCGGAGCGUGUGCAGAGACGGAAGGCAAGGCCGCUGUGCCAGCCGGGGACAGAGGCGUUAAGGCCCUCAGGGCCUCAGAGGAAGCAGAGCCGCCCUCAGCUUGGCGGAAGGGAAGCCUGGAGCCCGCUGCCCGCCCCGCCGCCCACCUUGGGGACGGCCCGAAGGAGCCUCCCACUGGGCAGAGCAGCCCGCAAGGAAGCCUGGGCGCCGAGGACAGCCCGCCCUCCGAAGACAAGGGGGACGUGGACAAUGCACCCAAAAGGAGGUUUUCGCUCAGAGCAGCAGAGUUCGGGGAGCCCACUUCUGAGCAGACUGGUGCAGCCGCCACUGGGAAGCCUGGGACUCCAGCGGCAACCUCAGCUUCCUGGAAGCAGCAGGAUUCCUCCGAACAGCUGGCAGAGAAGCACUGCAAGAGCCCGUGCGCCAUGUUUGCUGCCGGAGAAAUCAAAGUGCCCACGGGAGAGGGAGUCCUUGACUCACCCGGCAAAACCAUGUCGAUUAAAGAGAGACUAGCACUGUUGAAGAAGAGCGGUGAGGAAGACUGGAAGAACAGACUUAACCGAAAGCAGGACUACAGCAAAGCAUCUGGCACUAGCAGCCUGCAUAUCCAAGAAGUGGAGCAAUCACUUAAAAAGAAGGAAGGAGGAGGAGUCACAGAGGACAAUGCCAUAUCUAAUCUGCGCUGGCGGGUCUCGGAAAGCCGAGAGAGCCAGAUGACGAUCGAGGAGCGGAAGCAUCUCAUCACCGUGCGGGAAGAGGCCUGGAAGACCAAGGGCAGAGGCGCUGCCAACGACUCCACCCAGUUCACGGUGGCUGGCAGGAUGGUGAAGAAAGGUUUGGCGUCACCCACGGCCAUAACCCCAGUAGCGUCCCCUCUUGGCAGCAAACUGAGGGGCACUACACCAGUUUCCAAGCCUCGGGAAGAUAUUGAAGCCAGACCAGAUAUGCAGUUGGAAUCGGACCUGAAGUUGGACAGGCUAGAAACCUUUCUAAGAAGGCUAAAUAACAAAGUCGGAGAAACGGUGCUCACUGUCACGGGUAAAUCCGUUAAGGAGGUGAUGAAGUUGGAUGACGAUGAGACCUUUGCCAAAUUUUACCGCAGCGUGGAUCACAACGUACCCAGGAGCCCUGUGGAGCUGGACGAGGACUUUGAUGCUCUUUUCGAUCCUUAUGCACCCAAAUUGACGUCCUCCGUGGCUGAGCACAAGCGGGCCGUUAGGCCCAAGCGCCGGGUGCAGGCUUCCAAAAACCCUCUGAAGAUGCUGGCUGCUCGAGACGAUCUCCUGCAGGAGUACACGGAGCAGAGGCUGAAUGUCGCCUUCAUGGAGUCAAAGCGGAUGAAGGUGGAAAAGAUGUCCUCCAACUCCAACUUCUCAGAAGUGACCCUGGCCGGCUUAGCCAGUAAGGAAAACUUCAGCAGCGUCAGCCUGCGGAGCGUCAACCUGACCGAGCAGAACUCUAACAACAGCGCGGUGCCCUACAAGAAGCUGAUGCUGUUACAGGUUAAAGGGAGAAGACACGUGCAGACCAGGCUGGUGGAGCCCCGUGCCUCGUCCCUCAACAGCGGGGAUUGCUUCCUCCUGCUGUCUCCCCAGCACUGCUUCCUGUGGGUGGGAGAAUUCGCAAAUGUCAUCGAAAAGGCAAAGGCCUCAGAACUUGCAACUUUAAUUCAGACAAAAAGGGAACUUGGUUGUCGAGCGACUUACAUACAAACCAUCGAAGAAGGAAUUAAUACACACACUCAUGCAGCCAAAGACUUCUGGAAGCUCCUGGGUGGCCAAGCCAGUUACCAAUCUGCUGGUGACCCUAAGGAAGACGAGCUGUAUGAGGCAGCCAUCAUAGAGACAAACUGCAUUUACCGCUUGGUGGAUGACAAACUCAUCCCUGACGACGACUUCUGGGGAAAAAUUCCCAAAUGCUCCCUUCUACAACCAAAAGAGGUCCUGGUGUUUGAUUUUGGUAGUGAAGUGUACGUGUGGCAUGGGAAAGAAGUCACGUUAGCCCAGCGAAAAAUAGCCUUUCAGCUGGCGAAACACUUAUGGAACGGAACCUUUGACUAUGAGAACUGUGACAUCAACCCGUUGGACCCUGGCGAGUGCAACAGGCUCAUCCCCAGAAAAGGACAAGGGCGGCCUGAUUGGGCGAUAUUUGGGAGACUUACAGAACACAAUGAGACUAUUUUGUUCAAAGAGAAAUUUCUUGACUGGACGGAACUGAAGCGACCUACUGACAAGAACAGCGGGGAUCUUGCGCAGCAGAAGGAAGAGGCCAGGGCGGACGUCAAGCCAUACGAUGUGACACGGAUGGUGCAGCUGCCCCAGGUGGUGGCCAGCACCGUCCUGGAUGGGGUGAAUGUGGGCCGAGGCUACGGCCUGGUGGAAGGGGACGACAGGAGGCAGUUCGAGAUUGCUAGCGUCUCCGUGGACGUCUGGCACAUCCUGGAGUUUGACUACAGCAGGCUCCCGAAACAGAGCAUCGGCCAGUUCCAUGAGGGCGAUGCCUAUGUGGUCAAGUGGAAGUUCAUGGUGAGCACUGCAGUGGGAAGCAGACAGAGGGGAGAGCAUUUGGCCCGAGUGGCUGGCAGGGAGAAAUGCGUCUAUUUCUUCUGGCAAGGCCGGCACUCGACUGUGAGUGAGAAGGGAACCUCAGCCCUGAUGACGGUGGAGCUGGAUGAGGAGAGGGGCGCACAGGUCCAGGUCCUGCAGGGGAAGGAGCCGCCCUGCUUCCUCCAGUGCUUCCAGGGCGGGAUGGUGGUGCACUCCGGGCGCCGCGAGGAGGAAGAGGAGAACACGCAGAGUGAGUGGAGGCUGUACUGUGUACGAGGGGAAGUGCCAGUGGAAGGGAACUUGCUGGAGGUGGCCUGUCACUGCAGCAGCCUGAGGUCCAGAACCUCCAUGGUGGUCCUCAACGUCAACAAGGCCCUGAUUUACCUGUGGCAUGGAUGCAAAGCGCAGGCCCACACGAAGGAGGUGGGAAGGACUGCAGCGAACAAAAUCAAGGAGCAAUGCCCCCUGGAAGCCGGACUGCACAGCAGCAGCAACGUGACGAUUCACGAGUGUGAGGAAGGGGCUGAGCCCUUGGGCUUCUGGGACGCGCUAGGCAGGAGGGACAGGAAAGCCUACGACUGCAUGCUUCAAGAUCCUGGAAGUUUUAACUUCGCACCCCGCCUGUUCAUCCUCAGCAGCUCCUCUGGAGACUUCUCAGCCACGGAGUUCGUGUACCCUGCCCGGGCGCCCUCUCUGGUCAGCUCGAUGCCCUUCCUACAGGAGGACCUGUACAGCGCCCCACAGCCAGCACUCUUUCUCGUGGACAAUCACCACGAGGUGUACUUGUGGCAAGGCUGGUGGCCCAUUCAGAACAAGAUCACCGGCUCUGCCCGCAUCCGCUGGGCCUCGGACCGGAAGAGCGCCAUGGAGACCGUGCUGCAGUACUGCAGAGGAAAGAACCUCAAGAAGCCACCCCCCAAGUCCUACCUUCUCCAUGCUGGUCUGGAGCCACUGACCUUCACCAACAUGUUUCCCAGCUGGGAGCAUAGGGAGGACAUUGCUGAGAUCACAGAAAUGGACACGGAAGUGUCGAAUCAGAUCACCCUGGUGGAAGACGUCCUAGCCAAGCUCUGUAAGACCAUCUACCCCCUGGCCGAUCUCCUCGCCAGGCCACUGCCAGAAGGAGUUGACCCUCUGAAGCUUGAGAUCUAUCUCACCGAUGAAGACUUCGAGUUCGCCCUGGACAUGACGCGAGACGAGUACAGUGCACUGCCUGCCUGGAAGCAGGUGAACCUCAAGAAAGCGAAGGGGCUCUUCUAGCCGGGCAGACCGAGCGGGCACCUCAGCGCGCCGGACCGGAAAGGCCGAUUCUGGAGACUGUUGCUAUUUAAAUGAGUUUUUCCAAACCUGACCUUAUUAACGAUACUGCUUGUCCCGGAGUUGUGUAUUUUGUAAAUGUUUAAGAGAACUCUUCGGAAACCUGCUUUCCACCGUUCUGCGGGGGUGUCAGUAAAGGCCUCUGUCAUGCGCACUUCCGCAGUGAUUGCUCGGCAGCCCCGCAGCCUGCCCUCCUGUUCCAGCUCGGCGUUGCCUUUGUAUUUUUCUUUUUUGAAGCAGUUCUCUUUAUAAAGUGUUAUUUUGACAGUUUGUGGAUUCUAAAAUAUAUAUAUUUAUAUAAACACCGUAUAAAUCAAAUAUGUAUUUAACAAAGCAAUAUGUAUUCAUUCACUUUUAAUUUUUCUCUCUUUUGGCAUCAAAGGGUUAUUACAAGGUAGUUGGAGUGGCUUCUGUUGAAUUCAGUCUGCCACCCCGCUGCAGCUUCAUACACAUCCAGAAGCCUCCUUCUGAGUUAGGCCUGACUUGUUCUGAGUGGUACUUCUGGUGCUAAAAUGAACAGAGAAUUUGUACUUACUGGUGUGGACGCUGAAGAAUCCACGCGAAUCAACCUUUCUACCUUAAUAUCUCCCAAAAAAUGUAUAGUGCCUUGUUUUUAUGUACAGUUUAUAUACAGAAAAGUUUGCUCUGCAUUUUUAAUGCUGGUAUAGAACAUUUACCUACAGUUUUGCUCUCAAAUAGUAGGAAUAAAAACAUCUCAAUUUGUAAAACCCAUUGUAAACAUUACGCAUGUCAUUUUGUGACCUAGGACUCCAAAAUAAAAACUUCAGAAUAAUCACAACAA